AUGUCUUCCCUCAACACUGAGGAUACCCCGCAAGAGCCCUCGCCCUCGCCUUCAAGCUCCAAGAAGAAAAAGAAGAAAAGAAAGUGGCCACGGCAAGAGGCCAGCAUCCAGGCCCUCACCAGGGCUGGCCACAGGGCCCUAUUGGCUGGUCAGAAUCACAAGGCCUUGACCAGCUUCCAGAGGGCCUUCCUCCUGGCUUCCAAGUCACCACAAACCAGGGACAUCCCUGUUCUCCGGGCCUGUGCCUUCAACCUGGGGGCUGCCUACGUGGAGACUGGGGACCCAGCCAGAGGGCUUGAGCUGCUCCUACGAGCUCAACCUCAAGAGACAGCCCAGGGCGGGUGUCAUGGCGACCAGUGUUUCAACGUGGCUUUGGCUUACCAUGCCCUGGGCGACCUGCCUCAGGCUUUGGCUUGGUAUCACAAGGCCCUGGGCCACUACCAGCCACUAGGUGACCAGGGGCAAGCCCAGGCAAAAAUGGGAGCCUGCUACCAGGCUCUGGGACAGCCUGAACUGGCAGCCCACCGCCUGCGGGAAGCGAGCCGGGCCUACGCCCAAGCAGGGCAGCCCCGGGCUGCAGCCCUGGCACUGGGGGCUGCAGCGGGCUGUAUGCUGAAGAGCGGGCAGCACGGGGUGGGUGAUGUGGUGCAGGUGCUGGAGGAGAGCUGGAGGCUUGCUGAGAGGAGCACUGAGCGAGGACUGCUGGGGCAACUCUAUAACGACCUAGGCCUGGGCUAUUCCCAGCUCCAGCUGUUCCCGCUAGCAGCAGAGGCCUUCCGGCAAGCCCUGCCCCUGUGCCGGGGGCCAGGAGAGGAGGCCACGGUGCUAAGAAACCUUGGGAUGGCCCUCAAUGCCCUCGGCAACUAUCAGGAAGCCCGGGAGUUUCACCAGAAGGCUGCCGACACGCACGGCUCUGUGGGGCAGCGAUGGGAGCAGGGCCGGAGCUUUGGAAGCCUGGCGUUUGCACUGAGCCAGCUGGGAGACCACAAGGCUGCCAGAGACAACUAUCUACAUGCUCUGCAGGCUGCCCGGGACGCUGGGGACGUGAAGGGGCAAUGGCAGGCCUGUGAGGGUCUGGGGGCUGCCGCAGCCAGACUGGGGCAGCAUGACCAGGCUUUGAAGUACUAUAAGGAAGCGCUGGCCCGGUGUCAGAAGGAGCCAGAUUCUGUGCGGGAGCGGCUGGUGGCCAAGCUGACAGACGCCAUAAGGACCCACUUGGCCCGGGGUGGGCUGCUCCCGACCCACACCCUGACCUCAGCUCCAGGGGGGCCCCAGGCUCCAGGUGGGGCCUGCCCCGUGGUGGGGACCCCAGCCAGGGUGGGGAAAGGCACAGCAGGAGUGCGGCACAGAUCUUCUGACAGGUGGGAAGAUGAGCUAGAGGAGGGCCACGAGGGGAAAGAGGAAGAGUCGGCGAAUGUUCUCACGACGUCUUGGCCACCAAGACUGGAGCGUCCAAGACCCAGGGCCCAUCUCUCAUUUGGAGGCCAAGGCCCCCUCAGAAUGGAGAACCCUGGCCUUCUGGUCACCAACGGCCCCCAUAGCAAGAGCCUGCGAGCAGAGGUAAGGGCCAGAGAGGGUAACAGAAACUGGAGCCAGGGCAAGCUGCCUUCUGUUCGCUCCCUAGUCACUCCCAUUGGCAAGCCCCUCUCUGCCUCCUUCAGGUCAUCCAAACAGCCCAGGGAAACCCCCAGCAGGAACCCUCAGAGGAGAUCCACUGAGUCUGGCUUCUGCAGGAUCAUGUGACCCUCCCCUGCUGGCCACAGCAUGGCCCCUGCAGUACCUCCUCAACAUACACACUUCAGGGGCUUCUGGGGCUGA